GAACGCGCUCGCGAGGCUGCUCAAGCACAGCGCGCUCGAGCACGCGGCGGCCGUCGCCGAGGACCGGGUCGUCAUGGGCGCGCUGCAGAGGGAGAUGGCGGGGUCGAGCAGGAGCGCGAGGAUGGCUGCCGGCAACGCCUUUCUCGCCGUCGCACAGGCGCUCAAGGAGCACGACCCGAGCGGGUUCUUCGUCCGCGACCUGCUCGCGCACGUCGACGAGCUCUUUGCGCGCGACAGCCCGGCCGUCACCGAGACGACGCUUCAGCUCGUCGGCAAGCUCGCGAGGGCCGCCGAGCCCCAGAGCCUCCUCGAGUGCGAGGCGCUCGCGAGGGUCGUCGCCCGGCUGGGCCACCGCAACGGCUUCGUCAAGAGCAGCGCCAAGCUCCAGCUGUCGCAGACGGCGUCGCACCGCGGCAUCAAGCCGUACGCGCUCGUCCAGCCGCACUUUGCGACUCUGAGCCCCGUCCUCCUGAGCUCGCCGUCGACCCUGUCGGCCGCCCUCGAGGUCUUCCACCAGUCGCGCGAGUCGCUCCUGCGCAUCACGCGCGAGCACACGCUCCCGGGCAUCAUCCUGCGCGACGAGCGCACGCUCCUCCAGCAGAUCGCCGACGCGUCUCGCGUCCAGGUCGCCGAGAUGCUGUGCGACCCGCCCGUCACGUCGGCCAUCCUCGCCCACCUGUACAUGCAGCCCGACGACCUCAAGAAGCAGGGCAUCAAGACGCUCAUGCGCGAGUGUCGCGGCGUCGUCCUCGCCCGCCUCCUCGAGGCCGUCAACGUCCCGCUCGUGUACAAGCUCGCGCUCGAGCUCGGCGACGAGGACGUCGAGGUGACGGCUCAAGCCGAGCGGGCCCUCAAGGCCGUCGAGCGCGCCCGUCUCGGCCACGCGGCGAGCGACCGGCUCGACACGGCCCAGAUCCUCAAGAACGCCAUCGUCGGCCUCCUGUCGCACAUGAACCGUGGCCUGCACGAGGCGGGCCACCAGCGGCCGCUCCGCGACAAGCAGAAGAUCAUCCGCAGCCUCGACGCCAUCACCAAGAUGGUCGGGCGAGCCAUCGCCGGCUUCUCGCCGCAGAACGCCCUCACUAACUCCUCCUCAUCCUCGUGGCAGAUCAUGGCGACGCUCCAGACGGCUCUCGACCUGCCCGGCCUGCGCCUCGUCACGCUCGACGCGUUCCGGUCGUUCCUCCAGUCGCUCAAGUUCAGCGACAUCGGCGCCUUUAUCGGGCCGACGACGGCCGCCUUUGUCCGCCUGUGGCCAGAGCUCACGCCUCCUGAGCGGGCCUCGGCAGCCGAGACGAUCAACUACCUCGUCGUCGAGAACGCCGACAACCUGUCGCGGUACGUCCAGGACGUCGCCGACCUGAGCGAGAUCGACGAGCUCGCGCAGGCCAACCGGCGCCUCGUCCGAGCGCGUCAACACUGGACGUUCGACGACCGCCUCGGCCACCUGCUCGACCGCAUCGCGAGCGAGAACGACGUCGUGACGCACCAGGCCUUGCGCGAGCUCAAGACGCUCCUCGAGGCCAACACGGUCAAGGUCCAGGCGCUCGCGGCGGGCGACUCGUUCGACCCGAGCAUCGGUCGCCUCGUCGAGGUCCUUCUCGGCGCGUCGGUCAAGGACGGGCCCGAGAACGAGCUCCUGCGCAACAGCGCGUUCGAGUGCAUCGGCAUCCUCGGCGCUGUCGACCCAGACCGGUUCGAGCUGCCGCCGCUCCCUCAGCCGCCGAUCGUGCUCGAGAACUUCGACAACACGGACGAGGCGAUCGACUUUGCGCUGCGGCUCGUCCAGGACCUGCUCGUCGGCGCGUACCGCAGCACCAACGACACCAAGCACCAGGAGUUCCUCGCGUACGCCAUCCAGGAGCUCCUCCGGUUCUGCGGCUUCACCGCGAGCCUCAUCGUGCCGCACCAGACGGCCGGCGAGGUCAACGAGCGGGCGCAGCGCCGGUGGGACCACCUGCCCCGCACCGUCGUCGAGGCGUGCGCGCCGCUCCUCAGCACCCGGUUCUCGCUCGGCAACCUCAAGCCCAUGCCCGCCGCGACGUUCCCGAUCUACUCGUCGACGUCGACGUACCGCGACUGGAUCCGCACGUUCGCCAACGAGCUCCUGCAGCGUGUCCAAGGGUCGACGGCGCGCCAGGUGUUCGGCGCCUUCUCGGGCCUGCUCCACCUCGAGGACACGGUCGUCGCUCAGCACCUCCUGCCGCACCUGCUCCUCAACGUCCUCAUCUGCGGCUCGGAGGACGAUCGCGCCAAGAUCAAGGUCGAGAUGGAAACGGUCCUCACCGACCAGGUGUCGCCGACGCACGCCCUCUCGGAGAACAGCAGGCUCCUCUCGGCUCAAACCGUCUUUACGCUCAUGGACCACCUGAGCCGGUGGAUCACGCUCGCCCGCAAGCGCACGAGCGAGAUCCGGGCCCUGCGCAAGAAGACCAAGAACAACGUCGAGGGCAUCCUCCAGGACAUCCCGCACAUCCUCGUCGGCCAGGCCGCCCUCACGUGCAAGGCGUACGCCCGCUCGCUCCUCAACUUCGAGUCGCACAUCGUCGCGCAACGGGCGCAGAAGGGCGCCAGCACCGACAAGGACCUCCAGGUCUACUACGAGAACCUGCACGAGUGCUACGCCCACCUCGACGAGCCCGACGGCAUGGAGGGCAUCUCGACCCGCAUCCUGUCGCCGAGCGUGCUCCACCAGAUCCGCGAGCACGAGAGCACCGGCAGGUGGACCUCGGCGCAGAGCUGCUGGGAGGUCAAGCUGCAGCAGAAGCCCGACGACCCGGUCAACCACGUCGGCCUCUUGCGGUGCCUGCGCAACCUCGGCCACUACGACUCGAUGCGCACCCACAUCGUCGGCCUCCUCCACAGCCGCGGCGACGAGGUCGACUGGGAGCGCCUCCUCGCGCCCUUCAACGUCGAGGCGUCCCUCUUCGUCGGCGACUGGGCCUCGGUUGAGGACGCGCUCGACGUGCCCGACCUCGAGGGUCCCGAGGCGAGCUUCGGCCGCGUCCUGUGCGCCGUCCGCAACGGCGACCGCGAGCAGGUCGAGCGCGCCUUUUUCGACGCGCGCGAGCAGCUCGGCGGGCCCGUCGUCGCUGCCGGCCGCGAGUCGUACCGCCGCGUGUACGACUCGAUCGUCCACCUGCACAUCCUCGACGAGCUCAAGUCGAUCCACCAGCUCGGGCUCGACGGCGGGCAGCACCUCGAGUCGCUCGUCAAGUCGUUCCGCGACCGCCUCGCGACGACAUCGCCGUCGUUCCGGGCUCGCGAGCCGAUCCUCAACACUCGCCGCAUCGGGUUCCGCCUCACGUCGCCCGCCGAGCACGCCAUCAAGGCCGAGGUCGGCGAGCUGUGGCUCGAGACGUCCAAGAUCGCGCGCAAGGCCGGCCACUUCCAGACGGCGUACAGCGCGAUCCUGCAGGCGCGCGACUGCGACGCCGAGUGGACGUUCCUCCAGAGCGCCAAGCUCCUCAAGUCGAACGGCCAGUCGUACAAGGCCGUGCAGGAGCUCGACCACCGCCUCGUCCCGAUCCUCGCCCACUUCAAGGAGGGCACGGUCGACGACCCGCUCGUGUCGCUCGACAAGCCGUCGCCGCUCGCCAAGGCGUCGCUCCGCCGUGCCCGGUGGAUGCUCGAGGCCGGUCGCGUCGAGCAGAACGAGGCCGUCAAGCUCGACAUCAUCGCGUACCGCUCGCACGUCGUCAAGCUCUUCUGUCGCUCGGUCGGCAACGGCACCAAGUACAUCUACCAGGCGCUGCCUCGUCUGCUCACCAUCUGGCUCGAGAUGGGCGAGAAGCCGGUCCUGAUCGAGUACCUCAAGGCCAAGCGCAACAACCCGCAGGUGUCGACCGAGGGCGAGGCGUACGAGCUGUCGCGGACGUUCGCGCGCACCAACAGCUACAUCCGCAAGGCCGCCGUCUCGAACCCGAUCCCGGUCUACCAAUGGCUCACGGUCCUUCCGCAACUCGUCUCGCGCAUCCUGCACGGCAACGACCAGCUCUUCGAGGUUCUCGAGCACAUCCUCCUCAAGGUCCUCGAGAGCUAUCCGCAUCACGGCUUCUGGGCGAUGGCGUCGGGCGCCAAGUCCAACACGAGCCGCCGCUCGAAGCGCAACUUGCGCGUGUUCCAGAAGGCCAAGGUGCGCCGACUCGGCCCUCUCUACCUGCCCGUCCCUCCUGACUCGCUCUCUGCCCUACAGGACGCAGCUGCGGCGUCAAGGUCGUCGUCGGACCUCCUCGCCCUGUGCAACCACCCGAUCACGGGCAAGGUCGACACGCUCAGCCUCAAGAAGACGUUCCCGGCCCUGUACAAGGCGGCGCCGACCAAGCUCAUCAUCCCGUUGCAGAGCUCCCUCACGGUCUCGCUCCCGUUCGACUCGUCGCAGGCCCUGUCGCACAAGCCUUUCGCCGACAACCUCCCGGUCUUCCAAGAUUUCGAGGACGUGAUCAACGUCAUGAGCUCGCUGCAGAAGCCUCGCAAGAUCACGGUUCGCGGCAACGACGGCCGGUCGUACAGCUUCCUGUGCAAGCCCAAGGACGACCUGCGCAAGGACGCACGCCUGAUGGAGUUCAACGCGAUGAUCAUCAAGCUGCUCAAGAAGGACUCGGACGCGCGCAGUCGCAAACUCGACAUCCGCACGUACUCGGUCGUGCCGCUCAACGAGGAAUGCGGCCUCAUCGAGUGGGUCCCGCACGUCGUCGUCCUGCGCGGCGUCCUCAACAAGGCCUACACGGCUCGCGGCAUCUCUUCAUGGUGCCCCGAGCUGAAGAAGGUCUUCGACACGAUUCGCGCCGACCCGAAAAAGACGGGCGAGCGGUUUGAGAAGGAGGUCCUGAGCCAGUACCCGUCCGUCUUCCACGACUGGUUCCUCGAGAACUUUCCCGAGCCGUCGGCCUGGCACCGUGCCCGCCUCAACUACUCGCGCACGGCCGCCGUCAUCUCGAUGGUCGGCUUCGUUCUCGGACUCGGCGACCGGCACUGCGAGAACAUCCUCCUCGACGGCACCACUGGCGACACGGUCCACGUCGACUUCAACUGCCUGUUCGACAAGGGUCGCACGUUCGAGGUCGCCGAGAAGGUCCCGUUUCGGCUCACGCACAACAUCAUCGACGGCAUGGGCGUCACGGGCGUCGAGGGCGUCUAUCGGCGGUCCGCCGAGAUCACCUUGCGCAUCUUGCGCGCCAACAAGGACAGUUUGCGCUCGGUCCUCGAGACGUUCCUGCACGACCCGCUCGUCGAGUGGGUGUACGUCAGCAAGAAGCGCGACACGGCCGGGCCCGACCAGACCAAGGCGCGCGCUCUCGAGGCGCUCGAGCCCAUCUCGAACAAGCUCCUCGGCCUGCAGGUCACGUCGGACCCCGAGUCGGUCGCCGUCAAGGAGGUCACGAUCGAGGAGCAGGUCGAGCGUUUGAUCCGCGAGGCGCGCGACCCCAAGAACCUCGGGUCGAUGUAUGUUGGCUGGUGCGCGUGGUACUAGCGCACGAGGGAGUUUCUGCUUGUCGUCCGUAGCUCGUUGUUGUACGCCCUCUACUGCAUCGCACGC